AUGGCCUCGCCUCUUCAAUUUAGUUUUAUUGAGAAUCAUAAGUUUUUCUAGAAAGUAUUAUAUAUAUACUAAUUAAAUAAAUUAAUUUAAAUAAAUAUCAAUCAAGACAUCUGGAUAGGAGUAUAGAGAUUUUGUUAAGUAAAAUUAGGAUAUCAGAAUAUAAUUUCCUUGCCUAUCUUGCAUGUAUUUAUUAUACGCCCUUAUUUAUAACAGGACAUACUAUCAAAUUUAAUGCUUUCAACACUCAAUUAAAAUAAAGAUUAAUAAGCAAAUAAAAAUAUAAAGGAAGUAAUAAUAUAUUAUGUUCUUCAUGUUUAUGUAUUGAAUUCAUUAACAUUUGUAAUAUUUAUACACAUUUGUUAUCCAAAUGCUAUAUCGAAUAUAGAAGAAAAUAAUAAUAUUUGGUAAACCUUGCCAUUUUUUGAUUUUCAUGUUAUGUCAUUUGUCAAUUCAAUUUUUAUCUGGUACAAAUUUAUGAUCAUCUGGUGUAUCUCUAGAGCCUGGGCAUUAAUUGAUGGUAUUUUAUGAAUAUUUAAAUGGUCUUCAGAAAUUGAGAAACCUGAAAAUAUGAAUAGAUGCAUCUAUAAUAAUUAUAGUUUUAGUAGAUUUUGGAGAUUAUGGCAUAGAAGUUUUAAUUAAUGGUUGAUUAGGUAUAUAUAUAUUCAAUCGGAAGGCUCUAUAUACAAAUCUUUGAAUAUGUGGGUUGUGUUUACUUUGUAGCUUUAUGGCAUGGUUUUCAAUCAAUCUUUUUACUUGUGGUGUGAUUUAUUUUUAGCUUUGAUUCUGAAAAAAAAUUAACAAAAAUAUUUCGAUGAGGAAUUCAUCGAUAAAAACCCUGAUUCAAAUUGCUUUACAGAUUAGGAGCAAGAUUCUUAAUUCAAAUGA